GAGAGCUUCAAUCACUCUGGGCUGGGAAGGAGCUGAGAAGUGACUGCGGGAGAAUCACUCCCAGCCUUGACACAGGAACCUCUGGCUGCAGGACAAGGCAGCUGCAGCUCCUGCAGUGAUCUCCUAAAGCUGCAACAUCCCAAUGCCUACAGACUCUGUCCACACCUCCAGGCACAGCAAAUGUCCAACAGCAGCUCCAUCAGCCACUUCCUCCUGCUGGCAUUGGCAGACACGCGGCAGCUGCAGCUCCUGCACUUCUGCCUCUUCCUGGGCAUCUCCCUGGCUGCCCUCCUGGGCAACGGCCUCAUCAUCAGCGCCGUAGCCUGCGGCCACCACCUGCACACGCCCAUGUUCUUCUUCCUGCUCAACCUGGCCCUCACCGACCUGGGCUCCAUCCUCACCACUGUCCCCAAAGCCAUGCACAAUUCCCUCUGGGACAGCAGGCACAUCUCCUACAAAGGAUGUGCUGCUCAGCUCUUUUUCUUUGUGUUCUUCAUCUCAGCAGAGUUUUAUCUCCUGACCAUCAUGUGCUACGACCGCUAUGUGUCCAUCUGCAAACCCCUGCACUACGGGACCCUCCUGGGCAGCAGAGCUUGUGCCCACAUGGCAGCAGCUGCCUGGGCCAGUGCCUUUCUCACUGCUCUGCUAUUCACAGCCAAUACAUUUUCCCUGCCCCUGUGCCAUGGCAAUGCCCUGGGCCAGUUCUUCUGUGAAAUCCCCCCAAUCCUUAAGCUCUCUUGCUCAAAAUCCUAUUUCAGGGAAGUUGGAGUUAUUGUGUUCAGUGCCUGUCUUUCAUUUGGUUGUUUUGUGUUCAUUGUUUUCUCCUAUGUGCAGAUCUUCAGGGCUGUGCUGAGGAUCCCCUCUGAGCAGGGACGGCACAAAGCCUUUUCCACCUGCCUCCCUCACCUGGCUGUGGUCUCCCUGUUCAUCACCACUGGUGCAUUUGCUAAUCUGAAGCCCCCCUCCAUUUCCUCCCCAUCCCUGGAUCUGGCCCUGUCAGUUCUGUACUCGGUGGUGCCUCCAGCGCUGAACCCACUCAUCUAUAGCCUGAGGAACCAGGAGCUCAAGGCUGCAGUGUGGAGACUGAUGAAUGGAUGGUUUCAGGAACACUAAACUGCUGGCCAAUUUCUGCAAAUCACUUGUAAUUAAAGUCAUCUUUGAAACUUGUUGGUUUUAUUUUGAAGGACCCAGUUAUUUUUUUACUUUUUUUCUGUCCACAAAGAAAUGUCCUUGUCUGUGGCAUUUCUCAUUUUGUUUCUCUCCACCUUC